AUGGUGCUCCGACGGCUGCUGGCCGCCUUGCUGCACAGCCCGCAGCUAGUGGAUCGUCUGUCGGAGUCGUGGCCUAUCCGACGUGCGGCGCAGCUCACAGCCUUCGCACUGCUCCAGGCCCAGCUGCGGGGCCAAGACGCGGCCCGCCGCCUGCGGGACCUCGCGGCUGGGCCCGCGGGCUCCCUGGGCCGCCGCGUUGAGCGAUUCAAAGACGCUUUCACCCAGGAGCUACGCCGCGGCCUCCGGGGCCGCUCAGGGCCACCACCAGGUAGCCAGAGGGGCCCGGGCGCAAACAUUUAAGCCUGGGCUGCGCGGGGCUGAGGCCGCUUCUGGGCUCUAUUCUGGCCUCGGCGUUGAGGGGUCAUUCCGGGCACUGCGCACGGCCUCGAAUCCUGACUCCGAUUUUUGGCCUGCGGAUAUCCCACUCAGAAGAGCCUAGGCCAGACCGCCGUCUCCGUUGAAGUCUUGUGAUUUGACAAGGCACAGUGUGGAGAAAGACCCCGAAGCCUAACAGAGGUGAAGAUGGGCUGGGUCCAGUCACAGCACCUAUGGAGAGCCACCGGCCGAAGCCACAGAGCCUUUCCUCUGCAAAUGGGAUUGAAACUCUUGACAGAUGCUGCUGAAUCUGCACGGGUAUAGCAGGACACUUAAUUCCAGGGACGAUAUGGAUAAAAAGACCACCCUACAGCUGCCAAAAUCCUUUGAUUAAAUGUGUGAGCUGAUUAAUAGGCAUGAGUGUGAUACUUCUCAGGCAAGAUGGAUGAAGAAUACUGGGGACUGUAGGCCUAUGGUAAUAAUAAACACAUACUUUAUGAAA